GAACAGACAGGCGCCGCGAACCGGCGGGGGAAACGCUCAGCUGGGAUGGCAGCGGGCGCCGCGCGGGGCUGAAGCCGGAGCGGCCCCCGCCAUGGCCAAGCAGUACGACGUGCUUUUCCGCCUGCUGCUCAUCGGGGACUCGGGCGUGGGCAAGACUUGCUUGCUGUGCCGCUUCACCGACAACGAGUUCCACCCUUCGCACAUCUCCACCAUCGGAGUUGAUUUUAAAAUGAAGACCAUAGAAGUAGAUGGGAUUAAAGUCCGAAUACAGAUCUGGGAUACUGCAGGUCAGGAGCGAUACCAGACAAUCACUAAGCAGUAUUACAGACGAGCCCAGGGAAUAUUCUUGGUGUAUGACAUUAGCAGUGAGCGUUCCUAUCAGCAUAUAAUGAAAUGGGCCAGUGAUGUGGAUGAGUAUGCUCCAGAUGGUGUCCAGAAGAUCCUCAUUGGCAAUAAAGCAGAUGAGGAAGAGAAGAGGCAAGUAGGCAGAGAGCAAGGCCUCCAGCUGGCUAAGGAAUAUGGCAUGGAUUUCUAUGAAACAAGUGCCUGCACCAAUUUAAAUAUCAAAGAGUCUUUCACUCGUCUGACAGAGCUGGUUCUGCAGGCCCAUAAGAAGGAGCUGGAUGGACUCCGCGCAUAUGCACCUGAUGAACUGAACCUAGUUGAGCUGGAAGAGGCAGCAAGCAAGCCAGAUGGUACAGAGCAUUCUCCCAAGACGUGUUGGUGCUGAAGGCCUCCCCGUGCGUGUCUGCACGUGUUCUCUCUCUAACCCCCCCAGUGCAGGUAGAAAGGCUGCCACCUAGAGAGGAUUGGCUUGCUGUGCUCCAUCCUUCUAGUUUUUGGUUGCCUGCCUGCUUGCCAUCUGCCCUGCUGGAUCCUCUCUGGAUUCCCCGAUGUUUCUCUUUGGUGAUUUCUGUUGUCCUCAAAACUCCCUGGAUCCAAAUUUCUUCAGAUGGCUCACAAUAUGCAGAACGUCACCCUGCCAUCUGCAUGGAAAGGCUGUG